GCUUUGCGCUCCUGCAACAGAGAGACAUUUACGCAGGAGUUCAGACGCGCUUCAUCCCCACCUCUGUACAUCUCCUCCAUCAAUACACGUUUAUCUGAUCGGAAAAUGGACCAAAAAGGGGCAGAGGUGAAGGAGAAAGGAGUUUCUUCUUCUACAAGUGGAGUUGUUGUGCAAGUUCGGGAGAAGAAGGGACCUCUGCGAGCUGCCAUCCCCUACAUGCCCUUCCCUGUAGCUGUCAUCUGUCUGUUCCUCAACACGUUCGUUCCCGGUUUGGGUACACUAAUCUCUGCCUUUACGGUGCUCUGUGGCGCCAGGACGGAUUUGCCGGAUCGACACGUAUGCUGCGUGUUUUGGCUCAACAUCGCCGCUGCCCUCAUCCAGAUCAUCACCGCUGUGGUCAUGGUGGGCUGGAUCAUGAGCAUAUUCUGGGGCAUGGACAUGGUUAUCCUUGCAAUCUCUGAAGGCUACAAGGAGCAGACAGCCACCCAGCAGCUAUGAGCUAAUCCUCAUUUUCGGGUUUCAAGAUUAUGCUUCCCCUCCACCGCAAUUCUUCUUAGCCAGGAGCAUUGAGGUAGCCUCAAAACAGAGAAGGGCUAAUGUAUAUAUCCACGUACAGCGUUCUGUGUCUAUCUGCAGAAUCAUGUGAUUGUGUUUCUGUACCAAAAACCCCCAGGUGUAUAAUACAUACACUAUUUAGACAAAGGUUUGUGGACACCUGACCAUCAGACUGACUGAGCAUCCAAUUCCACAUUUGCUUUUAUUAGUAAGCUCCACUUUAUUAGGAAGAUUUUGUGGAGGUUCGUGAGAUUUCAUUCGAACACACGCGUCUUCAUCUGGUACUUAUGAAGGUGAAGAAGUGAGGAGGUUGGCAUUUUUUUCCAAUUCAUCCUAAAAGGUGUUCGAUAGGGUUCACUAUAGCAGAAGAUCUUCCAAUCCAAUUCAUGGAAAGCUGAUGAUGUGCAUUGUGGAACAAGGUGCUCGGAGAAGAACCAGACAUGGCUGGAAAGGUCCAGUGUCCUAAUACUCUUGUCCAAAUAGUGUAAUCCCAUUUUUUUUUUAAACUAUACAGUGUUUUUAUUCAUGAAAAUUUAUAUAAUUUAUAUAAUUAGCAUGUGAAGUGAAACGCUCUCCAAUCCAUGACUGUACUUUUGUUUAAUUGGUUGCAUUUCUUCCUGGCUGGAUAAAUGCGGGUGAUGCUGCACGAUGCCGGUGAUGGACGAAGUACGCAAACCGUGUAAAUGUUGAGUAAAAAUACAAAACGUAUUUGCCUUCAAAUGGACCGACGUAUCCAAAGUAUUGAAAUGUAUUAUAACUAUAAUGUUAAUCAACUCCGUUGGUGUGAAAAGACUCAUUAGCAUACCAAUCUAUUAAUAGAAUGAGAUCAAUGAGUCAAACACUAAUCGAUAUCUAUUUAAAGGAUCGUGAGCCCAAAAUCUUCUGGGGAUCUUGAAGGUUGGUGAUUCGAAGUACGAAUGUCACUUGGAAAUUUUGAUUCAAUACUAUAGGUGUAUCAGUAUCUACUGUAUAUGAUGUGUGUAACUGUGUGUGGGGUUUUUUGACAGUUUAUGUAAAAUAAAAUCACUGAACUAUA